AUGGCUUCGCUGCAAUCGGCGCCUAAUGCGGCGCCUGGCGCUGUACAGGUUCCAAACCUGGGGAGCAUGAAGAAUUUGGAUCCUCAGAGAAUCCAAAACAUGGCUAGACGAUUCAAAGCUUUGCAAGCACAAGGUGUUGGCCCUGACGACCCCGAGUUCGCUGAAUUUAACAGAAUCGGCCAAAUUCUCAGCUACCUUCGGAAUCAACAGACUAUUCGCAAACAGCAAAUUGCUCAACGGCAAAAUUUGAAUGGUACUUCAGCCAGUGCGGCCGCCACCAAUGGUGCUCAUGGCCGCUCUGUAUCCUCAUCGUCUACUGGUGCCGCCCAAGCUCAGACUCGCACUACCCCAGUCUCCAGCGGAACCAUGUCUGAGGCGCAGUUUAAAUUGUUUGAACAUCAAUUUUUAAUGGCUAACAUGGCUGCUAAAUGCAUUCCUAUCACUCCUGAACACCUACGGAAACAUGAGGUUCUCAAGGCUGCUGUGACCCCGACACCCUCGGAGAUCGUCUCCGCUGCAGAAGAAAUCGUUGAAAAUGCCGAAAAAGCGUCCAUUGAACCCACCAACGGCAGUGAAAACACUGUCCCAUCCAAGGACCACUACGAGCAUUUGGAACUACCCCAGCUCCACGACAAAAUUAGUCUGUUGAAGCACCGUGUCCGCAAAAACCGCUCUCAGUAUCCAGCCUUGCGGCCCUAUGGCGUCGACGCGCAACAACUUCAUGAUCAACGCCAGAUUGUGUUGUAUCAGCGCACAGAGGCCGACAAGAAGCGGCUAGAUGAGCUUUCAGCCAACAUUGGCGUCUGGGAUGCCAGCAAAAGCGAUGCACCCACGCGCGAUGACUCGUUGAAGCUUAGUAUUGAGAUCCAGCGCCGAAAGCUGCGUUUGAUGCCAAUGCAACAAAAAUUCAGAGGCAGCAUACUUGGUCAAAUGUCCCAGUAUAACACAAGAGUGGUUACUUCUAACCAUCGUCGCAUGAAGAAACCGCAUGUACGAGAGGCACGUGUUACGGAGAGCCUCGAGAAACAACAGCGGGAUGCUCGUGAGACGCGUGAGAAGAAGAAGCAGUACGACCAACUUCAGGCCAUCCUCAAUCAUGGUGCCGAGCUCAAGAAUGCGGCCCUCAUGAAUACCGUUCGCGUUCAGAAGCUCGGUCGCAUGGUGCUUCAACAUCACCAACAUAUCGAGCGUGAAGAGGUGCGACGCAAGGAACGCAAUGCUAAGCAACGUCUCCAGGCUUUGAAGGCCAAUGACGAGGUUACAUACCUGAAGCUUUUGGACCAGGCCAAGGAUUCACGUAUCUCGCACUUGCUCAGGCAAACCGACAAAUUUUUGAAGGAGCUGGCAAUGUCUGUUAGAAAGCAACAGCGCAACCAGGCUGAGCGUUAUGGCGAAAGUGACGAGAUCGAAGAAGAGGAACCUGAGAUUGCGGACAGUGACGAUGAGGGUGAUGGUUCGGAAGCUACCUCUGGAAAGAAGAAAAUUGACUACUAUGCUGUUGCUCAUCGUAUCCAGGAGGAGGUUACCGAACAGCCCUCAAUUCUUGUCGGCGGAACUCUGAAGGAGUACCAGCUGAAGGGUCUGCAAUGGAUGAUUUCCCUCUACAAUAACAAUCUCAACGGUAUCUUGGCAGAUGAGAUGGGUCUCGGUAAGACCAUUCAGACUAUCAGUUUGAUUACCCACAUCAUUGAGAAGAAGCAUAACAACGGGCCCUUCCUGGUUAUCGUGCCCCUCAGUACAUUGACCAACUGGCACCUCGAGUUUGACAAAUGGGCACCGUCUGUUCGCAAGAUUGUUUACAAGGGUCCACCCAACGCUCGAAAACAGCAGCAGCAGCAGAUCCGCUGGGGCAAUUUCCAGGUUCUUUUGACGACUUAUGAGUAUAUCAUUAAAGAUCGACCUCUUCUUGGCAAGAUCAAGUGGACUCACAUGAUUGUUGAUGAAGGUCACCGUAUGAAGAAUGCCCAGUCAAAGCUCAGUAAUGCGUUGUCGCAGUACUACGUCAGCCGUUACCGUUUGAUCUUGACUGGUACUCCUCUUCAAAACAACCUCCCUGAACUGUGGGCUCUUCUGAACUUUGUUCUGCCCAACAUUUUCAAGUCCGUGAAGUCUUUCGAUGAGUGGUUCAACACUCCGUUCGCCAACACCGGUGGUCAAGAUCGAAUGGAUCUGAGUGAAGAAGAACAGCUUCUGGUCAUUCGUCGUCUUCACAAGGUUCUUCGUCCGUUCUUGCUUCGUCGUCUCAAGAAGGAUGUCGAGAAGGAUCUCCCUGACAAGCAAGAGCGUGUCGUCAAGUGUCGUUUCUCUGCUUUGCAGACUAAAUUGUACAAGCAGCUCAUGACUCACAACAGGUUGGCUGUCAGCGAUGGCAAGGGCGGUAAGACUGGUAUGAGAGGUCUCAGCAACAUGUUGAUGCAGCUGCGAAAGCUUUGCAACCACCCCUUCGUCUUCGAGCCUGUUGAAGAUCAAAUGAAUCCUAGUCGUAUGACCAACGACUUGCUUUGGCGAACAGCUGGAAAGUUUGAAUUGCUUGAUCGCAUUUUGCCCAAGUUCCGUGCUACUGGUCACCGUGUCUUGAUGUUCUUCCAAAUGACCCAGAUCAUGAACAUAAUGGAGGAUUUCCUCCGUAUGCGAGGCCUCAAGUACCUCCGUCUUGAUGGUUCCACUAAGUCAGAUGAUCGAUCAGACCUUUUGAAAGUUUUCAAUGAACCUGGUUCAGAUUACUUCUGCUUUUUGCUUUCCACCCGUGCUGGUGGUCUUGGUUUGAACUUGCAGACCGCUGAUACCGUCAUCAUUUACGAUUCCGAUUGGAAUCCUCACCAGGAUUUGCAAGCCCAGGAUCGUGCUCACCGUAUCGGUCAGAAGAAUGAGGUCCGUAUUUUGCGACUGAUCAGUUCCAACUCUGUCGAGGAGAAGAUCUUGGAACGUGCGCAAUUCAAGCUUGAUAUGGACGGCAAGGUCAUCCAAGCCGGAAAGUUCGACAACAAAUCCACCAACGAGGAACGAGACGCUCUUUUACGAACACUACUGGAGACUGCAGAAGAUGCCGAAGCAGCUGGAGACCAAGAGGAAAUGGACGAUGACGAACUAAAUGAAAUCAUGGCUCGUUCUGAAGCUGAAAUUAGUGUCUUCCAGCAAAUGGACAAAGAGCGGAUCGCGAAUGACAAAUACGGUCCUGGUCGCCGUUUCCCUCGACUCAUGUGCGAAGAAGAGCUUCCAGAUAUCUACAUGCAGGAAGAUAACCCCAUCACUGAGGAUGUCGAGGCUGAGGUUUAUGGCCGUGGAGCUCGUGAACGAAAGGUCACCAGAUACGAUGACGGCCUGUCUGAGCAACAGUUCUUAGAUGCCAUGGAAGGUCUCGAAGAAGGCAAGCUCACUCUGGAACAAGUCAUCGAGAAUAAUGAGCGUCGUACGGCCGACCGGGCAGCCAACAAGGAGCGCAAGAAGAAGCGGGUCUCAGGCGCCCCUGAAUCUUCACCGGACCCAUCGAUUGAAGAAGCCGAGACCCCCCAGCGGAAGCGUCGCCGUGGUCCUGCGCCUAAGCGCAAGGCCGAAGAGAUCAACGAAGAAAACCCACAGCCUAAGCGCAAGAGAGGUCGCCAGCCGAAGAUUCCAGACACUUUGUCUGGCGCUGAUCGUGCUACGUUGAACAGCAUUCUCAAUAGCGUGAUGCAGUCCUUGAAGGAUAUGGAGCAGGAAAUUCCGGCUGAAGGUUCUGAUAGCGAAGAAGGCCCGCUUGUUCGUGCCAUCAUUGAGCCUUUCAUGAAGCCCCCGCCUCGCUCCCAAUAUCCCGAUUACUACCAGUUCAUUACGAACCCCAUUGCAGUUGAGACAAUCGAGAAGAAGAUCCGACGUGAUGAUUAUCAGGGUCUGAAAGAAUUCCGUGACGAUAUCCAUCUGCUUUGCCAGAAUGCCAGAACCUACAACGAGGAUGGCAGUAUUCUAUUUCAGGAUGCCAAUGACAUCGAGAAUAAAUGUGUUACAGAAUUGCGCCACUUGACUGAGGAUCACCCCCAGUUUGCCAAUUUUGAGGGCCAGUUAACCGGUGCUGAUACACCUAUGACUGUCGGUACUCCUAGCCAGCAGAAGUUGAAGCUCACCUUCAACAACGCCAAUUACGACAGUCCCAUGGACGGAGUUGACUUUGGAGACGAGUAA